AUGCUGUUCCUUCGUCUUAACAACACGCAGCAGCAGCAUAGGCCCGGCAAGUCGGCGUCCUCUUCACAUCACCACCGCACCCGCGAUCACUCACCUCGUGGCAGCGGCAGCAGCAGCAGCGGCGGUGGGCAGCGCUCAGCUAGGCCGAUCUCCGACCACCGUCGGUUACGCGACGAUAACGAUGACGACACAACGCGGCAGGCGCAGAACGCGUCGCCGCAGCACGUCCUCGUGGCGCUGCCCGCGAGCGAUAUGGAAGUCGCUGCCGACGCACAGGAAUCGGUUGUUAUAACAACAGAUGGCGGUGCAACAGACGCGCCUCCUGCCAAGAAGCCGGCGAACUACCAGAUUCUAUCCGUUCUGAGUUGCAUUUUCUGUUUCUGCCCGACUGGAUUGAUAGCCAUCUGGUGCUCCAUGGAGGUUGAUUACCGAGUGCGGAGAGGAGACAUGGUGAAGGCGAGUAGAGCCUCACGCACGACAAAGACGCUGAUUAUACUGAGCGUUCUUCUAGGAGUGAUUACAGCCAUAGUGCUCGCAGUUCUCUACACGUCAGGGUGGGCGGUGACAUAGUGUCUGACAUCUAUGACGGCGCAGCGAAUCUUGCAUCUACACCAUCUGGUAGGAAUAUUAGGCUGCCUACAUCUUCAUUGUAUAGUGGGGCUAUCUGCCUCCUUCCUCACUACCUAGUGAGCGGUGGGGUUACAUCUAUGCGAGUCGGUACGCUCACUGCCUACAUCCACAGCACCUAGUUGAGGUGCUGUUGUAUUUCUGGUGAGCUGUGGCGCAGCUGUCUACAUGCACACUACCCUGUUGGUGGUGAUGUUUCAUCUACCGCGCCUGGUGUGCUGUGACGUACAUCCUCACCGUGCACCCUGUUGGUUGUGCUGUUUCAUCUACCCCGCCUUGUGAGCUGCGACGCAUAGCUCCCUCGCAUCUACGCCACCUGGUGGGCGACGAUUUUGCUGCCUUCCGAUAUGCACAAUAGCUGGACGCUCCGCUUCCUGGCUGUGGUAGCGCUAACGACUGGCUAGGCGCGCAUGUUGAUUUUUCUUGUAUAUACAAUUAGCGGUCGGAUUAUUGCGCCGUGCUGCCGAGAUUACAUGCCACGUGUAAUUGCUUUCCCGCGGAGCACGCAAUCACAGCCAGCAAGGUCUGAUGGAGGCAGCCGCGAUGGAUACGAGUGAGUGAACCAACGCAGUGCGUAUAGGGAAUGUUGUUGACCAUGAUCGAACAUAUAUUAUGCUACGCGACUAUGUGUAUGAUCUGUUUAGUGGCACGUCAUUGAUCGCACGUCACCACACGUCAUUCACACGUCACGUGUGCGAAUAUGUUACGUCACGCCUACGCUGUAUUAUGUCACACAAGGUCACGCACUAUUCAUCUGGUGACACGUACGGUAGCUAUCGUUACUUUGUAUAAUGUAUUUAUAGAACGUUGAUAACAUUUGUAAAGCUUGAGCUUAUUGUAAAUACGUUAUGUUGUCGACGCGUCUUGCUUAGUUGUACUAUAUCAGGAGUAGAUAAUAGGGAAUUAGGAAUAUUAGGAAUCCCUAUUAUCUACUCCUGACUAUAUCUAUAUAGGAGGAUUAAAAACUGAGUGAGAAGUUGUUGUGGGCAUUGCGCAGGUGUAACAUCUAGUCUUUAUGGAACAUUGCGACGCAAUAAGACGAUCUUCAUUGUCUAGUGACAUAUUGUUCAGCCAUUUCAUUCAACUGUAUUAUGCUCAGGCUAGUGUUAAUUGAAGUAAACUUAAAUUGAUAUAACGCUAGCGUUAGUUAUUAUAUAGGGUUGUUGCGCACGAGAGUGUACCAGUAGGAAAUGGCCCGACGUUUCAAGUGUAUGGCCAGAAUAUGUGUGGACAGAAUAUUAUGAGGCAAAAUAUAAAAAUAUUUUUGAUGCAUCUGUGUCGUUUGUAUGACGCAAAUAAUUUAAUGGUCACGACGAUGCAUUUCUAUGCGCUCCCGCCAUCAGCCAUUUAUUUUUAUGCGUCAUCGUAUUGCGGACCGCAUUCCGAAUACAACCGUAUACGUCUUCCCUCCCCAAACCACGGACAAUAACCUUAUAUUGCCACGCUCCAUAGCCGAAGAACGUAUACUGAAUAAAGACUUUCUACUACGAUUCUAAAUGCGUCGAAACGUGAUGGCUGAUUACCGAAUCGGUCUGCACGAUGGUUAUGCGAUGUAAUUCCGACAAUUGUACAACCGUGUUUCCAGCCACGUGUUUUUCUGCGUGCAUGUCACCGGCGCUAAUUUAAUUGUGCCUACGGUACGUGUGCCGCAAUACAUGUUUCUGACUAACCGUCCCCAUGACGUAUCGACAUAUCCCAAGGGCAGGAAGGCGAUAAUUCUGGCUCGAUAUGUAGCCGUGUGCAUUAUAACGAUCCGAAUCUUACUCGCAUAUAAGAUUUAUUAGAGUAGGUACGCUAUGUGUAAGCGCAUUCCCUCGUAAUUCGAGUGGAAAUAAUGAGCAUGUUACACGUCAGUUCAGACGUCGUUAAACGAAUUUCCGAUACAUUCCAUUGUGAGAUAAUAA